AUGCCACAAGUACAAGUAAAAGAAGAGCUUAGAAGAUUGGUAGCACUGGAAUACCCAGGAGCAGAUGUCCCAGAAGUUGACCAAUUCAAAGAUGAGAUGGUGGUCUUUGAUGGUCUAGUCAUAUAUAGCACGGUUGAUCCAGAGAAUGCCAUCAGAGAAAGAAUCACUGCAAAGUUAAGAGAGCGAAGGGUUUCACAUAUUGAUUUGUCACAAUGUGAUAAAAAUGAUUUUGAAUUUGUGAAAGUGGUUAACAAAAAAAUUCGUGUUCCAGAUGGAGAUGAGAUGUUCGAUGCUCGUACUUUGGGAGGUAUUUACAAACAUGGAGCAUAGUAUGUUAGGAUGACAAAAGAUUUUUCUUCUACUGUCAAAGAGGUAAGAUAUGUUUGCAUGACGUAUAUGUUUUACUGUAGAAUCAAUUGGUUCCACAUCGUACCUUUACCAAGUUACAAGCUUAGGUAUCUGUUAACAGAAGUUUGUUGAGAAGUUGCUUCAUAUUUCUGUUUUUACUACUAGCAUUUUCAGUCUAAAUACCAUACUAGCAAGUCCUACAUUGAAUCAUUGCCAUUUGUGUGACAAAAUAGCAAAUUAUCUGAUCCCAUAGCGCAUGGACCGCUUUCUUAUUGCUCAUAGUCUUCAUUUAGCAUACAUGAUAAUAAAGUCAGACUGGCUUUGCACAGCCCAAGAUAUACAUGUAAACUUCGUUUCAUGGUUAGUGGAAACCAUGCAUGAUAAUAACCAAGUUAGAAACAACAGUAAGUUUAUUUUACAUAAUUUACAUUUUUUGUCUUCUAUAACCUGCACUAAAUGAAUCUUGGAAUUGUGGUAGGCAUGACAGGACAGAAAUACGACAGGGCAGCUCUUUUCAUGAUUUAAGGUGGCUCGACUGGAUUUUUUUAGGGGGAUACCUCCCAAGUUUGAGCCUUAACUACGUCGGCAUGAGUUAAGACAUGGAAAAAAGGUUACAACAACUGUAUUACAUAAAGAUGAAAAUUUCUUAUGAUCUGGGUUUUAUUGCAAUCGGAGUCGCCAUGGCAACGUAAUGACGCCAUUACGUUUUCCAUUUAUCUUUAUGUUUCUCUGUACCAGGAGUUUUUUGAAGAAAUCGCUUAAGGGAGUAUAUACCUGCUAUAAUUGCCUCCAUUAUUGCAAAGUUUGAAGAAAUUCUACGAGAGCGUUUUCGAAAUAUUUUGAAAUGCAGUUUUAAGAAUCAUAAAAACAGUGAAAUAGCAUGCUAGCCGCACAAUUCGCUAAUAUUUUAAGAAAAUGAUAAGCUUUGGGAACGUGGCGUCAUCUCAUAGUGGAUUGAUUCCAUUGAAAACUGCAUGCAAAAAAAGAGGGGAAUUGCUCUGGGCGAUCGCUAGUAAGAAGGAUUUUAUUAACUUGCAUUCAGAUGCUUUUGAUACAGUUUUUGGAGGUAAUUUGGUCCAUGCCUAAAAAUUUCGCAUUUUUCCAAAAAUCGCUCGAUAAAUCUUUUUAUAAAUUCGACAAUUCCGAGAUCAAUCGUCAAAAAAUAUUCCCUGCAAGUUUUAAGAACAUUAAAAACAGGGAAGGCUUUUAAAUAGGGCCUCAAAUAUAGCCAAUUUUUCCCCCAGAUUUUGUGUUUACAAGCGAGCGUCCUCAUUAUUCACUGGCAUUGUUUUCAAGUUUCAUAUACACGUGCACAUUUAGCAAAAAGAUAGAAUUUGCAUCAAAAAGGACCCUCGGUUAAAUCUCCGGGAUAUGCUAAUUACCGGGUAAAGAGGUUAGUGAUACAUUAUAACAUCAGAGCAACUCCUUGUGAGAGUUUCUGUGAUGUUAUAACCUGAGUAAGAUAAUUAAGUAUUGCAUCCUACACGAUGAGCCGUGACGUUCACCGUUUCGGCUCUCACUGCUAUCUGUGACGACAAGCCAAUUAUUAGCAUAUACCGGAUAUUUCUUCGGAAAGUAAUCGAGAGUUCUUUUUGAUGCAGAUUUGUAUCUUUUGCUAGUUGUGGACGUGCAUAUGAAACUUGAAAACAAUGCCAGUGAAUAAUGAGGACGCUCACUUGUAAACACAAAAUCUGGGGGGAAAAUUGGUUAUGUUUGAGUCCCUAUUUAAAAGCCUUCCCUGUUUUCAAUGUUCUUAAAACUUGCAGGGAAUAUUUCUUGACGACUGAUCUCGGGACUGUCGAAUUUAUAAAAAAAAUUAUCGAGCGGUUUUUGGAAAAAUGCGAAAUUUUUAGGCAUGGACCAAAUUACCUCCAAAAACUGUAUCAAAAGCAGCUGAAUGCAAGUUAAUACAAUUCUUCUUACUAGCGAUCGCCCAGAGCAAUUCCUUCUUUUUUUGUAUACAGUUUUCAAUGGAAUCAAACCUCUAUAAGAUGAAGCCACGUUCCCAAAGCUUAUCAUUUUCUUAAAAUAUUAGCGAAUUGAGCGGCUAGCAAGCUAUUUCACUGCUUUGAUGAUUCUUAAAACUGCAUUUCAAAAUAUUUCGAAAACGUUCUCGUAGAAUUUCUUCAAACUUUGCCAUAAUGGAGGCAGUUAUGGCAGGUACAUACUCCCUUAAGCGAUUUCUUUAAAAAACUCCUGGUACAGAGAAACACAACGAUAAAUGAAAAACGUAAUAGCGUCAUUACGUUGCCGUGGGGACUCCGAUUGCAACAAAAUCCAGAUUAUAGGAAAUUUUCAUCUUUAUAUAAUACACUUGUGGUAACCUUUUUUCCAUAUCUUUAUUCAUGCCGACGUAGUUAAUGCUCAAACUUGGGAGGUAUCAACCCCAAAAAAUCCAGUCGAGCCACCUUAAAGAUUUAACUUGAAGUGAUGUUCCAAACUUUGAAGCAUAUCAUUUGUCUCUAUUGUUAUCCUAACUAGUGAAAACAAUUCUGUUGAAUUGAAUUAAAGCUGCUUGGACAUAUUCAUGAAAAUGUCAGAUUUUUUGCUGAUCAAAAUAGCACCUCCCCCAAAGUACGAGGCCUUAUUUCUCAAAGUCGCAUUCAUUAAAAAAAAAGUCAUUUAAUAUUUUGUUCUUUGGCCCCAAAAGAGCAUAUUUACAAAAUUUUGAGCUUAUAUAUGCAAAGGUGUCCUUAUUUGGAGAGGCAAAACAUUUUCUGUCCUGUCUGUAGGUCUUACAUUUUUGCAUCCACAGAAAUAAGGAAUUACCCAACAAACGCAAUUAAUUUUUAGCUUGUACCUGUUUAACCAUAGUUAAUACUGGGAGUUCAUGCCAUAAUGCAAACUGUUCUUUAAUCAUGCAAGAAGAUGAGUUAAUCCAUGUAAGUGACAAAGAAAGUGUCAUUGGAGAUGGAGACUUGAUGAAAUCAGCUUUUGCCCCAAAUUCAAGCAGUGGUACUGAACAACCUAGUUGCAGUGCAAGCUCUGCAAGUUCUUCAGGUGUUGGGUUGAUUGACAGGCUGAAGGAAAUGUUUCCAGAUGUUGAAAACUCCAUUUUAACUAGUGUUGCCCAGGUAUCAUCUUCACUUGAUGAGGCAGUUGAAGAAAUUUUGGGAGCACAAAGAGCACAAAGAAGUGCCCACCAAGUUGACGUGACAUACAAGAAACAGAAGGUAAGAUGGGAUCUUACAUAGAAAUACAGUCCUGUGUGAGAUCCUUAAGUACUCCUGUGUAAUUAGAUCCUAAUUAGGAUCCUGUUCUCAUGAUCUUUUUUAGGAUCUUAUUCCUAAACAGGAUCCAACUGGGUCCUUGGUGUAGAAUUUGAACAGGUAUAGGAACUCUGCUGAUUGUCAAUGACUGGUGCCAGGAAGGCCGAUCAUGUCAAAUUGAUUUUGAAGUGCUUGCACUGGCUGCCAAUUAAAGCUAUGUGUAAACUACACUUUACAGUAAGAUUCUUCCAUAGAGUUACAUAGUGCUCAAUUCUUUAUUUCCAGAAUACAGAAUGGAACUGCUUGUUCAAUAUAAACCUCUAUAUUCUGAGAUGAUGAUGAUAUAUAUGAUGAUUUUCAUUGUCUUUUGGCUGAUAUCCAUAAAUUAUGAUAUCAUAUGUUUUAUAGUCAAGAGUACUACACUUACUAGUAGAGAAAUUGAUGAUGCAUUUUUUGACUUUUUACAACACUAUAAUGUUUCAGAGAACAAUACAUUCUCGGAAAUACAUGAGAAUCUUAGGAGGCAAGUCAAUGGCAAGAUAGUCAGGCUGACAGUCACUGAGGAAACAGCUGUUGAAGAUGCUUUGGCCUACUAUAAACACCCUGAUUUUGAUGCAAGGUGCCCCAUACGAAUCACAUUUGAGAAGCAGCCAGCAGUAGAUGCAGGUGGCCCAAGAAGACAAUUUUAUUCCAUGGUAUUUAGUGCUCUGGAAGAUUUCCAGCAAUAUAAGCUGUUUGAGGGACCACCAGGGCGACUAAUGCCAGUGUAUUCCGCAAGUCAUGUUUUUUCGGGGCUGAUGAAAAUACUUGGCAAGAUGUUGGCACACUCUAUAGUUCAGUGUGGGGUGCGCAUGCCAGUAUUUUCGCCAGUAUUGUACUGGUAUAUCAUUACAGGUGAUGUG